AUGGGUGGGAGCUCGAACAGGAUCGAUGACUUCUCGGGAGUCAUCGACCUUGAGUCUGUGGUCCCCCGCAGGGUUUCUCCGCCGCCGGCGAGGGGCUUCUUCCAGGCCCUGAGGCAGAGCCUGCGAGAGGUCUUCUUCCCCGACGACCCCCUCUACCAGUUCAGAGGACAGACCUCCUUCAGGAAGCUGGUUCUGGCCCUCCAGUACCUCUUCCCCAUCUUCCAGUGGGGCUCCCAAUACAGUCUCUCCCUCCUCAAGUCCGACGUCAUCUCCGGCUUCACCAUUGCUAGCUUGGCGAUCCCUCAAGUAGGCAGCAAUUGCCCUUUCUUCCUCUGCUGGUUUAUACUGGUACUAGAGUUUGAACCCUCAUGAAGUUCCUCUAUUCGUCCACCUCUCUCCCUCUCUCUCCCUCUCUCUCUCUCUCUCUCUCUCCCUCUCUCUCUCUCUCUCUCUCUCCUCUCCAGGGUAUCAGUUACGCGAAGCUGGCGAACUUGCCCCCCAUCAUUGGUCUCUGUGAGUCUCUCUCUCCUCGUUCUCUCCUCGUCUGCCUAUCGGAGAUUAUCUUGCUUCACUGAGGUGAAUUCACUCAGACUCGAGCUUCGUGCCGCCGCUGGUGUACGCCGCGCUAGGGAGCUCGAGGGACCUUGCAGUUGGCCCCGUUUCCAUCGCCUCCCUGGUCAUGGGCUCCAUGCUGAGAGAAGCGGUCUCCCCGGAGGAGCCUGCCCUCCAUCUCCAGCUGGCCUUCACCGCCACCCUCUUCGCCGGCGUCUUCCAGGCCUUCCUGGGGCUAAUGAGGUGCCCCCAUCCCCCCUCCAUCCCCAUGCAGAAAAUAGAAACCCUAAACCAGAGCUCCCCCGUCAUUUAAAAAUAUACUCAACGCAGGUUAGGGUUCGUACUAGACUUCCUCUCGAAGCCAGCGCUCAUCGGCUUCAUGGGUGGCUCGGCCAUCGUCGUCUCGCUGCAGCAGCUGAAGGGCCUGCUCGGGAUCUCCCACUUCACCACGAAGAUGGGAUUACUCCCCGUGUUGGAAUCUGUUCUUGAGCACAAGCCCGAGGUAAGGAAAUCAUGCAAACAGCUUUUCCUCUGCUCGACGCGGCGGGGUUCCUGAUCUCUCUCUCUCUCUCUCUCUCUCUCUCUGACCCGCUCUUUCGUUCUCUCUCUCUCUCUCUGACUCUCUCUUUCGUUCUCUCUCUCUCUCUGACUCUCUCUUUCGUUCUCUCUCUCUGUGACUCUCUCUUUCGUUCUCUCUCUCUCUCUCUGACUCUCUCUUUCGUUCUCUCUCUCUCUUUCUCUCACUAGCUCUCUCUCUGGAUUUGAUGCAGUGGCAUUGGCCGACCAUCGCCAUGAGCUUCUCUUUCCUGGGCUUCCUCUUUGCAGCAAGGCACAUCGUGAGCUUUCGUCUGAAGACACACGUUACCUAGAUUCUUAAAGCUUCUUGGACCUUCAACAAUUAUCCAAUGGUUUCUAAUUAAAUCACCUAAAUGGUCACAAUUCAUGAGUUAGCACAAUUUAAAUAGUUAGAAGAGUGGAUCGAUUUCACAGGUCAACCAUUGCAGGCGGCCUAUGACAUGGGUUGACCAUCUCUAGAAAAUAGGGCUGUGACACACUAAUAUUUUUUUACCUAACACACUAAUUAACCAAAUAGCUUUAUGAACUAAAUCAAAUUACCUUAAAUGUAAUACCUUAUUUCAUUAAGCUUAAAAUUCUUAGUAUACCCUUUCCAUCUUCCCCUGCCGACAGGGUCUGAGGUGGCCAAAGCUCUUCUGGGUAUCGGCGGCGGCGCCUCUAGCCUCCGUGGUCCUCUCCACCCUCCUGGUGUACCUCUUCGAAGCACAGAAACGUGGCGUCCAAACAGUAAACCCUCCACUUCACGACUAUGUCAUUAACUUGAAAUUUUCAUGAUUUACUGAAGUUAAUGGAGAUAUUGUUCUCCACAGAUUGGGCAUCUUCAAGGAGGGAUGAACCCGUCCUCGGUGAGCAAGCUACUCCUCCAUGGCCAGUAUCUUGCGCUGGCAGUCAAGACAGGGCUGGUCACUGGCUUCCUCUCCCUCACUGUAAGCUACUCAGAGAGAGAGAAAGCUUUGACAGUGUACUAGCAUUGGGUGUCAUUCAUGCAGGCCGUCUCUCUCUUUCCUCUUGCAGGAAGGGAUAGCUGUCGGGAGGACCUUCGCGUCCCUGAAAAACUACCAGAUCGACGGGAACAAAGAGAUGAUGGCCAUAGGCCUCAUGAACAUGGCCGGAUCGUGCACGUCAUGCUACGUCACCACUGGUCUCUCUCUCUCUCUCUCUCUCUCUCUCUCUCUCUCUCUCUCUCUCUAUCUAUCUAUCUAUCUAUCGAUAUAUAUAUCUAUCUCCUCCGAGCUCAUCCGCCGUGCUGAUGCUGCAGGGUCGUUCUCGAGGUCGGCCGUGAACUACAACGCUGGCUCGAAAACGGCGGCGUCGAAUAUAGUGAUGGCGGGGGCCGUGCUGGGUACCAUGCUGUUCCUCCUCCCUUUGUUCCGCUGUACGCCGAACGCCGUUCUGUCGGCGAUCAUCGUCGCCGCGGUGGUGGGGUUGGUCGACGCCCGCGGCGCGGCGCGGCUAUGGAGGGUAGACAAGCUCGACUUCCUGGCCUGCCUCAGCGCCUUCCUUGGGGUCCUCUUCUUCUCCGUCCAGACGGGCCUCGCCAUCGCGGUGAGUCCUCGCCGAUCCUUCUAUAACCCCCAUCGGAAGAAACCGAGAACAUCAAACCACUUAAAAGGAACUUUAAAUCCACAUUUUCGUGGUUAUCUUUCCUCCUGCAGGUGGGAAUCUCCGUCUCCAGGAUUCUCAUGCACGUAACGAGGCCAAACACCGCGGAGCUAGGGAGCAUACCAGGGACCCAGAGCUUUCAGACCCUCGUCCACUGUGGGGAGACGCGCAGGGUCCCAUCCUGCCUCAUUCUCGGCAUCGAGUCCCCCAUCCUCUUCGCCAACUCCACGUACCUACAAGAAAGGUAUGAUCCUAGAUUCUAUCUCCUACCAGGCCUAUUCAUUUACCAACGCGGCUCACUGCAUAUCCGUGAAUUCGAUAAGGAUCAUGAGGUGGGUGCGCGAGGAGGAGGAGAGGGUGAGUACAACAAAGGACUACUCAACCAAGUGCGUGAUCCUCGACUUGGGUGGUGAGUGUUAGAAUCUCUCUCUCUCUCUCUCGCUCUUGCUCUGCAGUGGGGAAACCAGGCCAAUCUGGGUCAUGAUCCAGGGUUCCAAGCUGUCCGGUCACAAUCAGUCCUUUGGCUUGUAAUCUUCCAACCCUUUGAUUUGCCAUUCCCCACUUCAGCGGUGACGGCAAUCGACUCCAGCGGAAUAGAGGCGCUAACGGAGCUAAAGGAGGCGUUGGAGAAGAGAUCUCUUCUGGUGGGUCGCCGCAAAUCAGUCAUGCCUGCCCUUUCGAGUACUCAUCCUUCCGCGUGCCCGAUUUCUGCAGCUUCUGCUAGCGAACCCACUCGGAGCGGUCACAGAGAAGCUCUACCGAUCGGACGCCGUGGAGCUACUCUGGAAGAACAGCCUCUUCCUGACGCUGGCCGACGCCAUCGCCGUCGCCGUCGCCGUCUCCGGGCACUGGCCGCCGACCAGGGGUUGA